UCUGCAACGAUGCAUUACUAUAUUCCUAUUGCGUUUUGCCUGUUCGCUCUUUUGGAUUUGACAAACGGGGUGAACGAAAAGGAAAGUUCUACCUAUUGUUUACCCUAUGGUGUGUGCUGGGAUAAAAGAUUUAAUAUGUGGCCCAAGGGAAAGUAAAGAAAAAAGCUUGUGACUUGUAAUCAUGAUACCAGAAAAAGAUACCAAGUAACUUUCGAUAAUAAAGUUGGUUUUUUUUUUUUACGCUA